GUAGUUCUCUUUUUACAUGAUCUGAUAGUCAAUAUCCCUCUUAAAUUCACCAAAUUUCAAAUUACCCACCUCAUUUACUACCGUUAAGCCAUAGAGUGUGCGAGACCAAGGUUAACAUCAUGUCCAACGAAACUGUGGUGCUCAUCACCGGCACGAACAGGGGUCUCGGCCUUGGCCUUGCAAAACUCUACCUUCAACAACCCAACACGCGCGUCAUCCUCACUGCACGCAGCAACACGACUGCCGUUGUCGACGCACUACCAAAAUCCAACGCCGGCGUACUGCACGGCAUCUACAAACUCGACAGCGCAUCCAACGUCGAUGCAGUUGCACUACGCGAGUCGCUCACGUCUUCUGAGACCGGCGUUAGCAAGAUCGAUAUUAUCAUCGCAAAUGCCGGUAUAGGCGAGCCAUUUGACAGCGUUCUCGACGCACCUAUCGAUGCACUGGAAAAUUUCUAUCGAGCCAAUACCCUCGGUCCCGUGAGACUCUAUCAACAGCUUUGGAAGGACCUUCUAGAGAAAUCAACGAACCCGAAAUUCAUUCUGAUCAGCUCCGCUUUGGGUUCUGUUACCUAUGUCGAUAAAUCGCCCUGUGGUGGGUAUGGCGCAUCGAAGGCGGCGGCGAAUUAUUUCGUGAGGAAGAUGCACAUGGAAAAUGAGAAGUUGACGGCUGUAGUUUUGCAUCCAGGCUGGGUCAAGACAGAUAAUGGGCAAGCAUAUGCCGAUGCUGUCAAUGUAUCUGAACCGCCUUUGACGGUGGAGAAGUCAGUCGACAAAAUAUUUGAGAUAGUGUCUGCAGCAACGAAAGAAGGCAUGUCGGGAAACUUUAUCGAUAUCAUGACCGGGAGCGAUAUCCUUUGGUAAAGCCUAAGCCCGGGAUUAGGACCUGUGAGACCGUUAAAAAAAGAACCUUGGAAUCCUUGUAGGACUAUCAAGAAAAAGGAGACGUCUUUGGGCUUGUUAAGUUUUUAUCCAGAAUUGUAACCAUCUAGUAGUACGUCGCGAGUCAAUAUCGGAUUAGUUUCAGUCACUUA